UGGGUGGCGCUGUCUCUCCCCCCCCGUGAGGUUCGGCGGGUGGAGUAGCCCGCUCCGAGGAGCGGCCCCGUCUCCCGCCUCUUUCUCCUGCAGCGGCCACGGAACCGCCUCCUCCGCCGCCCGUCACUCGCAGCCUUCGCCCUAGACAACUCCGAAGGCUCCUUGUUUUCCAGUCGCUCGCGGUGUAGAUGCCGCUUUGAAAACGAGGAGCAGCGGGAGGAGGAGAGGGGGGACUGGGAAGAGGAGAAGGGGAACGGGCGUGGGGCGGGCAGGGCUCGCUAUUGUGCGCGGGGGCGAUGGCAGCGGCGGCGACCCGGCUCGUGCCGCUGCUGCUCGUCGCAUAGCCUCGCCCGUCCGCAGCCGACACCAACAGCAGCAGCAGCAGGAGGAGGAACAACAUCACCAGGAAGAAUAAAAGCAGCAGCAUCUCGGACAACCACCGCGGUCGGUAUGGACGAGCACCCAGCCUUGCAGGUUGGCUCGCCCGGCCUCAAGCAGCUCCAGCAGCAGCCGUCAGGGGGAUCCGGGCAACAACAACAACAGCAGCAACAACAGCAGCAGCUACUGCAACAGCAACUCCAGAUGCAUCAGCAGCAGCAGGGCGGCGAGGGGGGCAGUGAGUCCGGCCGGCCUCACUACUCGAUGCCGGGCAUCCUGCACUACAUCCAGCACGAAUGGGCGCGCUUCGAGAUGGAACGGGCCAGCUGGGAUAUGGAACGCGCGGAGCUGCAGGCACGCAUAGCGUUCUUACAAGGAGAGCGGAAGGGACAGGAAAACCUGAAAAAGGACCUGGUGAGGAGAAUAAAAAUGCUGGAAUAUGCCCUGAAACAAGAGAGGGCGAAGUACCACAAGCUAAAGUAUGGCACGGAGCUCAACCAGGGUGACAUGAAGCCUCCAACCUUUGAUGCAGAAGAGACAAAUGACACGGACACCCCGGUGGUGACCUCCAACAGCCAGCUGACAUGGAGGCAAGGACGGCAACUCCUGCGCCAGUACCUGCAGGAGGUGGGCUACACGGACACGAUCUUGGACGUGCGGUCGCAGCGCGUGCGCUCGCUGCUCGGCCUCUCGGGGCCGCCGGACCAGAAUGGCGCUCCCGACGCCAAGAACAUCGAGCAGAUCCUCAAUGGCCGUGACAUCAUGUCUAUCAAACCCAAGGAGGAUGAUGCCAAGAGGAACGGGGACAAGUCUCGCUCCGAGCCACUGGUACCUUCGGUGGUGGAUACGUUCCAGUUCCUGCAGGAGGAGGAGGACAGCGACGACGGUGAGGACGACGACGACGACGACGAGUCAGUCGGCCUCGUGGAUGAGCGGGAUCGGCCACGCGCCAGCAAAAAGGCCAAGAUCGGUAACGAGGGCCUGGCGGCGGACCUCGCUGAUGACCCCGACACGGAGGAGGCGCUCAAGGAGUUUGACUUCCUGGUGACCACAGAGGACGGGGAGGGUGCGGGUGAGGCACGCAGUUCCGGGGACGGCACCGAGUGGGACAAAGAGGAGCUGUCCCCGAGCGGCGAGGAAUGGGACAUCGACCAUGGACUCAUAACCAAGCUCAAAGAGCAGUACAAGAAGGAGCGCAAAAACAAGAAGGGGGCCAAGCGCCCCAACCGCUCCGCCUUGCAGGACAUGCUGGCCAACCUGCGCGAGGUGGACGAGCUGUCCCCAUUGGCAGCCUCCAGCCCGCCCCGCCAGCCCGAGGAGCGGGCCGCCCCCCUGCCUCACGACAAUGCCCGCUCCGAUGAGGGCGAGAGCCCGUUUCCCCGCGGCACAGGGAAGAUGUUCAUCAGCGGCCCCGAAGAGGCCAUGGACACAACGGGCCUCGGGGAGCUUGCGGACCUCACCGUCACCAACGACGCCGACUCGCCCAGCUAUGACAUUGGCGCCAACAAGGACGCGUUCCGUAAGACGUGGAACCCAAAGUUCACACUUCGCAGCCACUUUGAUGGUGUGCGGGCGCUGGCCUUCCACCCGAGUGAGCAUGUUCUCGUCACCGCCUCUGAGGACCACACUCUCAAGCUUUGGAACCUACAGAAGACCAUCUCUGGAAAAAAGACGGCGUCGCUGGACGUGGAGCCGAUCUACACCUUCAGGGCCCACACGGGCCCCGUGCUGAGCUUGGCCAUCAGCACAAGUGGGGAGCAGUGCUUUAGCGGUGGAACGGACGCCUCCAUCCGCUGCUGGAACAUGCCUAGUCCCAACAUCGACCCCUACGACACUUUUGAGGCGAGUGUGCUGGGACAGACGCUGCUGGGGCACAGCGACGCUGUGUGGGGGCUGGCCUACAGCAGUCUCCGGCGCCGGCUGCUCUCGUGCUCCGCCGACGGCACCGUGCGCCUGUGGGACCCCUCGUGCCAGGACUCGCCACCCUGCCUCAACACCUACAAUCCCGACAAGGAGCAUGGCAUCCCGGUGUCGGUGGACUUUGUGAGCGAUGCUUCGCACCUGGUGGCCACGUUUGGGGGCGGUGACACGCUGGUGUUUGACAUGGAGACUGCCAAGCCCGUCAUCACACUCGAGUCUCGCAUUGAAACUGACACACCGCUGGGGAACCAAAUAAAUCGUGUGGUGUCCCACCCAACGCUGCCCAUCACCGUGACGGCACACGAGGACCGUCACAUCAAGUUUUUCGACAACAACACGGGGAAACAGGUGCACUCGAUGGUGGCUCACCUGGACGCCGUCACCUGCUUGGCCGUGGACCCCAAUGGCCUCUACCUGAUGUCUGGAAGUCACGAUUGCUCAAUCCGGCUGUGGAACCUGGAGAGCAAGACGUGUGUGCAGGAGAUCACUGCGCACCGCAAGAAGUUUGACGAGGCAAUCCACGACGUGGCCUUCCACCCAUCAAAGGCCUUCAUCGCCAGCGCCGGUGCUGAUGCCCUGGCAAAGGUCUUCGUAUAACGGCCGCACAAACGCGUGCCCCCGUCGCCCGCCCACCUCCUGCGGGCUCUCGGCUACGGCGCGAGGUGGGGGGCAGGGGAGCGGUGAGGUGCGUGCCCGGAGGCACCACCACUCUUCGCACUGCGUCCUGCCGCGAGCAGAUGGUCCCAGAGUCCUCGGCCGCUCGCCGACACCAACCGGCGACGAGCCAUGGGCUCGGACCGCGGGACGCACGUCUGCCAACGCCGGGGCUAAGUGGAUUGACGCAGGCGCGGGACACUAACACAGGUCGCGCUUGCGUAAAGGAAACAAGCGAGAUGGCUGGGGUGGUGUUGGGCUUUUUUUUUUACCCCCUGCGUUUCGUUUCUCCUGGGGGCAUAAUUAUUUCCCACGGUCACUGUAACACUCGGAUCCCCGCGCACAGGGCUGUCUUCAACCCAGAACCCCCUAACCCGCUGUCGACUGGUGGAGGGGUACUACGGUAUAAUAGGAAUGUAUGUUGGUGACUUGUAUAGCUGAAAAUGUAUUCUCAAUUUUAUGCUGUUGCCGUAUGUACGGAGGGUUCCUCUGCUGUGUUUUAAAUACGCUUUGCUUGGCAGGAUCUGACGAGGGGCGUGCGUGCGUGUUGUGUACUCGAGACUGUACAAAGGUAGCACUCCUGCUCGGGGGGAUUGUGCCACGAUGCACGCUAAGCGCCGGGGCUGCCUCGGCCUCCCUCCUACCCCCUCUCCUCCCCUUCCUCUCUCACAUCCACCGUGUUGAAAGAGAGCUGCAUGCCUCCCCCCACUACAGUUCCAUAUUACGCCGUGUCAACGUGCCCUUUUUAUACGUAGCCGGCCAAACUUAUCUGUGCCCUUCCCUGCCAAAAUUUUAAAAAGGAACAGAACAGGAAAGGAAAGCAAAGCUCUCCCCAGGAUACCAGGCCAUAAGAUGCACUGGGCCUGUUACUACUUUAUUAUAUGCUCUGGUCAAUACUCAUCGCAGUGCAAAGACACCAGUUUUGCCAAAAAUAACAUGCUGGUUGCAACCCAAAAUGUUAGCUAUUCUGUCUGAGGAGUUGGUUAUCGAUUCAUUUUUGUGUUCCAGAUGGUGUGAGGAACAUAUGUUUGUGGUCACCCCGAUAAGAAUGUGUUGUUCAAGGCAUUGCGUUAUGGUAGGGCUGAGAUUUGUUCAUAGUAGACAUGGGAAAAUAUUUUCUGUCCAUUGGAGAAGCCCACAUUUUAACCAACUGUUGGGUACCUAUGAAUAAUUGGCACGCACACAGUAAUUAAAUGUUACACACGCACGAGAUGCAGGUCCAAUGUUACACGCUUGCGUGGGGAAAUAUCUAUUAUUUUAAACACAAUAUUGUUUUUAACUAAAAAGCAAAAACACAAAAAAAACAUUAUGCUUGAUGUUACAACAAUAUACAACUUUAAAGUCUAUCACUUCCCAAACAGGGAUAAUGCUCACCACCAUCAUUGGAGGUCUAGGGCCAGUGGAGAAAAUUAUAUUUUCUUAUGGCAAAGGGGAUUUAAUGCAUAGACGACCCACUGUUGACAUACCAGUGUUGUACCCAUCAUGCUCGGUGGCAUUUACAGGGUGAGUCGACCUCCAUCCGAGAUGUAGACCCACGACCUGAAUGUUAGUUCAACACUGCCAUAUUGCCACCCAGCUGUAUACCCGACAUGUGCUUCGUCUCGAGGUAUAUUUGAAUGCCGUAGCACGUGAACUUAAUAUCUGUUUUUGACAACAACCACAGGCAGACUGUUGUCAUAUGAAUUAAUAGUUGGAAUUGUAGGCAACAGUAUUUAGCCAUUAAAACGAUACAAUUUUAAAAGUAACAAUGUACUUUUUUCAGUUUAGUGGUGUUUCCAGAAACUGCAGGUCAGUGGGUACAAUGAUGGGGACAGAAAGCAGUGGAGGACGACACCACCGUAUUAGACGGGGCACCAACAGAUGACGUAGCCAAAAGCCAGGGCAGGGUAGGGGUGGCACGUGCAGCAGCUUUAGGCUGCACCGUCAACACGGCACCGCUUUCCAUUGCCAUGAACACUGACAGAUCAUGAUGUGUGCUGCCUGUGUGCGCAUACACGGUCGCGUUACAUGCGCAUAUGCAGCAUGUGUUUAGAAUAGACGAGAGUGUGUGCGUGUGUGCUUGCGAGUUCAUGACAGGCACGCGUCGUCUGCUGAAGUGGUGCUUGUGUGCGUGUCUGCAUAAAAUGCGUGCGUGGCUGUUGUUUUUGAAGCCCAGGCAGGUUCCUAUGCUGUCUGUCCUGCCUCUUGUGAUGCAACGCUCGGCAGUUCGGGCGACACCGCGCACACUCUCUCGGGCCAUCGGGGCGGUGGGGGGGGAUCUUGUAAAAUACAGCCGUGGCGGGGAAUGACUCGUGAGGGGCGCAGCUCCACGCAGAGCGGGGUAGUAGUGGUGGUUGUGGUGGUGCAGCGUGUGCACGUAAGUCACACCCGUCACCAUGUGAUACUUGUACAUUAACCUGUAUUUACAAAAUAUCACACGUGCUUGUGAGUGGCUAGCCAUCCAUCCCAACACUAUAGUAGCCUAUUUUGUGUUAUUUAUUUGACAAUGCAUUUGUCAGGCCAGUCUCUCAUGAGGCUGAGGUGUGUGCAGGCUUGGGGUGGUUGGGAGAGGGAUUGUGAUAUUGGGCCGGUGGAGAUUGCGCACACGAGAGUUGUGUUGGGGGGGGGAACUCGUCCAGGCGAUUGCGUUGGCACGAACGCCCCCAUAUCCCCUCGUGCGCUGGAGGCUCGUGGUAGACGUACUGUCGUAGCGACGCUAGUGCUGCACCUGUUGGGAAGGAGCAGGGGUCCAAAUUGGCGAGCAAAUGCAGGCAGGAAACUGUGCAGUCUGUGGAACACGUGGACGCAACAGCUAUUGUUUUUUAAUGAUUGAUUUAUCGAAAUACACAGCGUUAAUCAUGCAGAUUUGGGUGAACAGCAUGUCACAGGUUCUGACUUAACACAGUCAUGGUUCUAUAAGGAGCAGUGAGGCGUGGGGCUGGUGGACGACAGGUGGGUGUGGUGGGACGAGGUGUGGGAAUGGCGGUAGCAUAGGAUGAGCAGGUAAGCAGUGGGCAUCUCUUACUGCCCUUCCUCCGUCUCCCCUCCCCUACCCACCCACGUGUUCCCUUGCCUCCUGAGACCCCUUCCUCAUCAGCUUGCUUGUGUGCUGCAUGGUUUAUUGGAGAAAACGAAUUCCUAGUCUUCCGCGUAGACUUGAAGCGGUUUGCAAAUUCACUCCUUUGUUGGCCACCGGUACUCACACUCUCGAGCAGCACAGUAUUGGCUCUCGGACGGCUGCAUGCCACGCAAGCGUGCAAACGUUAAUGCAUUACAGGAAAAAAAGCAUCUUGAUUCAGAACGGUGUACAGUUGCUUAUAGCUAUUCAUGUAAAUUAGUGAUGGUAACGCCCUUAAUUUGCCCUUAAUUAUAUACCACACAGAGUACAAUUGCUUACCCUUGUGUUAUUUUAUAGCUCACAAACAGUUUGCCUUGUAUAAAACUAGAAAAAAAUUGUGUUCAUAAAACUCUAAUUAUUGUAAUAAUGCUCUCUUUUCUGGAAGGGAAGUGAUAGAUUUUGCCAAUAAAAAGCAGACCUUUACAGCGA